UGAUCCUUGGACAUUAUUGAACCUUUUCUAAUUUCUUUGUCUGAAAAAGGAAGGAAGAAAUGGAGAAGAAAGGUGCUAUAUUGAUGAAUAGGUAUGAGCUAGGGCGAUUGCUUGGACAAGGGACUUUCGCCAAAGUGUACCAUGCACGAAAUCUUCAAUCUGGCCAAAGUGUUGCCAUCAAAAUUAUCAACAAAGAGAAGAUUUUAAAGGGUGGUUUGAUUGAUCAAAUCAAGAGGGAAAUUUCAGUUAUGAGGCUUGUUAGACAUCCCAAUAUUGUUCAGCUCUAUGAGGUCAUGGCAAGCAAGAACAAGAUAUAUUUUGCCAUGGAAUAUGUUAGAGGUGGUGAGCUUUUCAACAAGGUUGCCAAAGGGAAGCUCAACGAAGACGUUGCUAGAAAAUAUUUCCAACAACUGAUUGGAGCAGUUGAUUUUUGCCAUAGCCGAGGUGUCUAUCAUCGAGAUAUCAAGCCUGAAAAUCUGCUUCUUGAUGAAAAUGGUAACCUCAAGGUUUCAGAUUUUGGGCUGAGUGCUUUGUGGGAUUCAAGAAAGCAAGACGGGCUUCUCCACACAACUUGUGGAACUCCUGCUUAUGUUGCUCCUGAAGUCAUUACCAAGAACGGGUAUGAUGGGGCUAAAUCUGACAUAUGGUCUUGUGGGGUGGUUCUGUUCGUUCUAUUGGCUGGUUAUCUUCCAUUUAAUCACCAAAAUAUCAUGGAACUUUACAGGAAGAUCAUCAAAGGGGAAUUCAAGUGCCCUACCUGGAUUAACUCAGGGGCUCGGAAGCUUAUUUCUAGCAUUCUUCACCCCAAUCCUAACUCAAGAAUCGCCAUUGAUGACAUAACGAGCAAUUCUUGGUUUAAAAAGGGUUACAAACAGAUUGAAGCCCCACCAUCACCGCAAGGUCAAGCCAGAUGCACGUUGCUUAAGGAUGUCCAUGAAGCAUUCAACUCAUCAUUACCAUCAGAAAACAAAAACAGUUCCCAGAAAGAAGUUAUAGCAGCAGACACAAGAAGCCCUGUGAGACCAACAAAUUACAAUGCAUUUGAUAUAAUCUCUCGAUCAAAAGGCUUUGAUUUAUCAGGGUUAUUUGAGGAAGAUAGAUAUCAAAGGCUAGAGGCAAGAUUCACCAGCAAAAAACCAGCAUCAACGAUCGUGUCAAAAUUCCAGGAGAUAGCAACGAUGGAGAGCUUCAAUUUUAACAAGAAAGACGGAACAGUGAAGUUGCUGGGGUGCAAGGAAGGAAGAAAAGGCCAACUUGAAAUAGAUGCUGAAAUAUUUGAAGUUACGCCAUCUUUUUUUGUGGUUGAGUUGACGAAAGCAUCGGGAGAUACAAUUGAGUACAAGAAUUUCUGUAACCAGGAAUUGAGACCUUCCCUUAAAGAUAUAGUUUGGGCAUGGCAAGGGAAUGAUCAGCAGCAAUCAUAG